UUGUUUAUAAUUGGUUUUCGCCAUAUUGUCAUUUAAACUUUUGUUGUUGACAGUGCGAGUGUUUGUGCCGGUUCUUUUUGGGAUUUAACAGUUAAAAAAGCGAUAAACAAAUAAAAACGCAAAUGGAGGUGGAGAUUAAGACUCCUCCAAAGGAGAACGGAAAACCGAAGACGGACGAGCUGUCGCCGAAAUUGGUCGAAGUUUCCGAAACCAACGGAAAAUCGAACGAAGAAUUGAAGCCGGCAAAACAGGAAGAAACAAAAACAAAGUCGCCGGAGCCGGUGAGAAGGUCGCGUCGCUCGCGAUCCAAGACGCCUACCACGCAAAAAAAGAACAAACAGAAGAAGGCGCCGAAAGAGAAGGAACCGGAAGUGAUCGAGGAAAAUCACGAGAGGGGGGAUGAGGUUGCGGCGCCGGAAGUCGUCGAGUCGGUCAAGGAGAGCAUCAACGGAAACAACGAGGAGCAGCUGAAGGAAGCGGAAGCGGAAGCGACGAAUUCCGCUCCCGCCGCCGCCGCACCGGAAGCGGUUGACAUGGAGCCGUUGGUCUUGAACGCGGACGAGCCGGAUCCGGAGCUGGAGUUCGACGAGAACUCCGACAAGGAGUCGGGGAAAAGUUCGCCGAUCAUUUCCAGCUUGUCUCCCUUGAACUUCUUCAGAUGCAUGACCAGGCGGUCGCAAAACAGGAAUAUUCCCACCCCGAAAACCCCGAAACCGGUGGAGCAGGAACCGCAGGAGAAAAAAGAUCACACGUACGAUUCCAUAGACUUGAACUUAUCGACGAAGGUGGAGGUGGGCAGCGAUGCCACGCGCUUGGACUUCGAGCUGGAAGAGUCGAUGGGCGAGAGUUACCUGCAGAACUGCAGGAACCGCAGCCUGAGAGGUUUAUCCUCGCGGAGAUCCAUCAGGCCUUCCAACGAGGAGUAUCUGAAGAGGGCGAUAAAGAACAACAGCGUGGGAGGGAUCAAGCGCAAGAACCGCAGCGAGACGCCAGAGUAUAGAAAGAAAAUGCGCAUGGAGUCCCCCGGAAUCUUAUCGAGACUGUCCAGUCCGCUGGCCAGCUUCCGGAACCGCUUCCGGGCGGAAGCGACCUCCAGCACGCCAAAACUAACCGGAUACAAGGACAACAGCAACGGAUUGAGCUGCGCGGGGAACCAAAUCGAGGUGGAAAACGGCGCGGAGGACAAAAAGAGCUGGUGCACCGUCAUGUAAGUCCUGCCACUGCCUUUUUUUAUUUUACUUUGACACUUAGAGACUCCAGUACAAAUUGUCAUCUAUCCCCCACCCAAAAGCUAUAUUGUAUCAAUAUAAAUUCAAUUUUUUCGUUCCGGUUUACGCGCUAGGAUUAUGUACAUAAAUUAAGUCCCAUUUAUUAAUCUCAUUGGUUGACUGUUCUCUGAAACUUAUAGACUUAAUUGUAUGUGAAGAUUAAAAUUUUUUAGAUUUGUAACUUAAUGAUAUUUGUUUGAAGUAUUUACUCUGUAUUUGUUUAUAUUUUUAUCGAUGUUUAUUAUCAUUAAAGACUUUUCAAUUGA